AUGGCCACUUCGCCAGACCUAGAGGCCCUCGGCGCCACUAAGUCGGGUUUCGAGGCCGAAGAAUACGACUCGUACUCGUGGCUGCUGCUCGAGGACCACCCGCUUCGCUCAUACCCAUCUGAUGCCGAUUGCCAUCCCGAGAUCUCUGCAUUCACCAGGAAGUUGUAUGCGAUCGUUAGGAGGCGUCUGCGGGACCGCGUUCUUCCCCUGCUGAGUCUGUUGUUGAUGUUCUUUGUAAUCGUGCAGUUCUUGUUACAAUUACCGCACGUCGCAUCUUAUUUUCUGGAACCCGUCCAUACACAGGGGCUCCCCGAGUUCAUCCAAACGCCCAUGACAACUGAUCGGGCGUUUGAUCGUACAGCCGCUUGUGCGUUUGACCCUCCAUCACAGCCCGGGGGAGCGGCCCACAACGCCAUCGAGCAUGCGCUUUCUUCUGGGUGUGCCGGUGUUCAUGUCGAUUUGUGGCAGCGACACCAUGAUCUGCUCAUCGGAGAUUCGUCGUCACCACCAAAUCUCGACAAAAAGCACACGCUGAAAAGCGUCUACCUUAAAUCACUGCUGCAUCAGUUAGAUGCCCGAAACGCUGCUUCUGCUAAUGACUCGAAAAUUGAAAAACACGAUGACGAGUUUGAUGCUACGCCAGUCGGUUUAUUCGACAGCGAUCCCCAGCAGACAUUCACAAUAUUCUUGGAUGUCAAAACUUCAAUGCGCAAGGCGUGGCCGGUGCUCGUGACACAGCUAGGGGCGCUGAACAAGAGUGGGUACCUGUCGUAUCGAAAUGCAGAGCAGGAACUUGUACUGCGGCCCGUUACAAUUGUAGUUUCAGGGAGGGGAUGUAGGCGGCUGUCGUUAAAGGAUGAUUUGUCUCGAGUCAUGAAGGGGUUGUUUUGA